AGGGGAAGGAGCGCGUGCUACCGGGAGAGAGAGAGAGGGGGAACAGGGCAGAGCGUCUGAGCGCAGACACGCACAGUUGUGGGAGGACAGCGGAGAGGCACCACGUUUCGUUCUGCCUACCAGCUUUACGCACGCAGAUCGAGCUGCUCGGAGAUCCUGCGUUGUCUUUUGCGCAUGAACUGACCAUUACCGGGAAACUCGAUGGGAACACAUUUAAUUUCCUUACCAAGAAAAUGCGCCUGAAGAUAUUUGCAUAAAACAAUUGGAAAUAAUUUUAAUCCAAGGAGGAAAGACGCGAGUUACUUUUUCCCGUUUCCGUCGCAGUUAGCGCUCUCUGAUGAUCUUUUUGGUUUCUAGUUCAUUUGAAACACACAAUUUUCUUUAUUUACUCUGCUGAUCUGUUUCCCUGCGCUGCCGACUGUGCGCACAGCAAUGGAUUUUAAACCGUGUUUAGAGUUCAAAUUGCGUUUCUAGACAAGUUGCUCUGGUUGAGGAGAAGUGGCGGCACGCACUCACACUGCUCGCAUGAACUGUUUUUCUCCGGCGUGUUAUUCUUAGAGAGUCGGGUGAACGCUUUGGAUUUUGGACACAACCGUGUUGCACGUUAGAAAAACAGAUAACUGUGGAAACGGUCAGGGAAGUGCGACCUGGAGCCGUGUGUCAGAUAAAGCAAAUAAAACCACACAGGAGGAGAAGACGUGUUUUAUUCUGAGGGAGAAAGAUGGAUUUAUUCGUUUGGCUCUGUGGAUGUAUUUUGGCUCUUCUGUUACCUUCAGCGGUAAAAGCCGGGGAAGGAGCAUCUGAACCAUGCGGCGGCAAUUUAGAUGCGAGCGAUGCGGGCUACAUCACCACCCCCGGCUACCCUCUGGAGUAUCCACCUCACCAGAACUGCCGCUGGGUCAUCACGGCCCCUGAGUCUUCGCAGCGCAUCGUCCUGAACUUUAACCCGCACUUUGAAAUAGAGAAACUGGACUGCAGGUAUGACUAUGUAGAGAUCCAUGACGGGAACUCAGAGUCAGCUGACCUACUGGGGAAGCACUGCAGCAACAUCGCCCCCCCACCGAUCAUAUCCUCAGGGCCUGCGCUCCACAUCAAGUUUGUGUCAGACUACGCCCACCAGGGGGCGGGGUUCUCGCUCCGCUAUGAAAUCUUCAAAACUGGUUCAGACUGUUCCCGUAACUUUACCAGUCCCUCGGGCCUCGUCGAGUCCCCGGGAUUUCCCGACAAAUACCCCCACAACCUCGAGUGCGCCUUCAUCAUCAUUGUCCCGCCCAGAAUGGAUGUCACCCUCACCUUCCUCACCUUUGACCUGGAGAACGAUCCCCUGCCAGGUGGAGAUGGAGACUGCAAGUACGACUGGCUGGAAGUUUGGGACGGGCUCCCGGGAGUGGGCCCUCUGAUCGGUCGAUACUGCGGGACCAGGGUGCCUCCAGAGAUCCAAUCAUCCACUGGGAUCCUCUCUCUGUCCUUCCACACGGACAUGGCCGUGGCUAAAGAUGGCUUCUCGGCUCGCUAUAACAUGACGCACAAGGAAGUCAGCGAGACCUUCCACUGCAGUAACGCGUUCGGCAUGGAGUCAGGAAAGAUCACCAACGACCAGAUCACGGCAUCGUCGACCUUCGCCGACGAACGCUGGCUGCCGCGACAGGCCCGACUCAAUUACAACGAUAACGCGUGGACGCCCUCGGACGACAGCAACAAGGAGUACAUACAGGUGGACCUCCAUACUCUGAAGGUGCUUACCGGCAUUGCCACACAGGGCGCCAUUUCAAAGGAAACGCAGAAGAAUUACUUUGUUACCUCCUUCAAGCUAGAGGUCAGCACGAACGGAGAAGACUGGAUGAUCUACAGACACGGCAAAAACCAUAAGGUUUUCCAUGCCAACGCUGACGCCACGGAGGUGGUCCUCAAUCGAAUCCCACAGCCGGUCCUGGCCCGCUUCGUGCGGAUUAAACCUCAGACAUGGAAGAACGGCAUUGCGCUGCGGUUCGAGCUCUACGGCUGUCAGAUCACGGAUGCCCCCUGCUCAGAGCUGCAGGGCAUGUUGUCUGGUUUGCUUCCUGACUCGCAAAUCACUGCGUCCUCCAUGAGGGACAUCCACGGCUCCAUGGGGGCCGCCAGGCUGGUGGCCAGUCGAUCAGGCUGGUUUCCCAACCCAACGCAACCCAUAGUUGGAGAAGAGUGGCUGCAGGUGGACCUCGGUGUGCCCAAGAUGGUGCGUGGCAUUAUUACCCAAGGUGCACGAGGGCUGGAGGGCAGUGCGGAGAACAGAGCAUUUGUCAGGAAGUACAAACUGGCUCACAGCUCGAAUGGCAAAGACUGGACCUACAUCACUGACAGCAAGACUGGGUUUGCUAAGAUCUUUGAGGGCAACGGCCACUACGAUACUCCCGAGGUGCGGAGGUUUGACGAGAUAGUGACUCAGCACAUCCGAGUCUUUCCAGAGAGAUGGUCGCCCGCCGGGAUCGGCAUGAGGAUGGAGGUUCUCGGCUGUGACCUGCCCGAAACCACCACUGUACCUGACACUGUGACCCCCACCACACCUAGAGUGGAACAGACAACCUCUGUGAUGAGAUCUGCCACCACUCCGCCCCUGUCGGCCGUGUGUGGCUUUGAGCAGAGCCUGUGCGGGUGGUCAGCUGAUCCCCAGUCAGGUGUGAGCUGGACCCUGCACAGAGCCAGCAGCAGCUCCACUGUGCAUGGCGCUCAUGGAACAAGGCAGGACCUGGCACUGGGAUCAGAAAAUUUUUCAGGGAACUACCUUCAUCUCGAUGCCGGAAGCCACACCCUGCGCAAGAAAGCCCGGCUGCUGAGCCCCGAAGUGGGGCCAGAGCAAGGCCCGCUCUGCCUCCAGUUCUACUACCAGCUCCAGGGAGAGGCACAGGGCAGCCUGAGGGUCCUGCUGAAGGACAGCGACCAGGGAGAGACGCUGUUAUGGGCAUUAAAAGGUGACCAAGGCAGUCACUGGAAAGAGGGGCGCACCAUCCUUCCUCGAAGCCCCAGAGAAUAUCAGGUGGUGUUUGAGGGGUUUUUUGAACACCCGACAAGAGGACAUAUCAGAAUAGACAACAUCCACAUGAGCAGCAGCGCUGACCUGGAGCAGUGUGCACAGCCUUUGCAUGCUUUACUUCCUGGCCUGAAAAGGGGUGCCAUAUCUGGAAUGGAGCCCACAGUAGACACAGUGGUGGUGCAGCCAGUCCCUGCCUUCUGGUACUAUGUGUUGGCGGGAGGCGGUGCCCUCUUGGUGCUGGUCAGUAUAACCGUGCUGGUGAUACUGUGCUGCCACCGGUACCACUGGGCGACCAAGAAGACCAGCAGUAGUCAUCAUCAUUCGGUGACGUACCGCAACAACCAACUGCCAUAUCAGCAAGGUCACCAAAACUGGUACCAGAGCCAAAACCCAGGCUGUAAUCUGAUCCAUAGCCCUAACCAAAACAACCUGAACCCAAGCACCGGGCCGAGUCUGGAACCCAUGCUCACCGUAUCACUGGAGAAAGAGGACAGCUACGAUUCCCAGUGUUGAAAAGGCUCGUCUGAUUUAAUAGUAUGUUUUUUUUAAAUGAAGCGAUCAAGGGGUGUGAAAAGAAGCCGUAUUCAGCAUAAUCACUGCUCUUCACUGAUGAGGAUCUGCACAGAGGCACUCCAGUGCACGUUGCUGACGACUGAUCUAAUUAACUGAUCGGCGUACACUAAACUGGUAGAAAGAAGUCCUGACAUUAAACUGUACCCCUGAAGAGCAGAUGACAGAGCUUCAGUUGUAUUUCUGAUGGCUGAAGAGGGCCUGAUAACGACACUGUAGGGCAAUUUUUUUGAUGUCGAGCGUAGACUGGCUUCUAUACCUGAACCCUGACAGCGAGCUGGAUUAUGACCACAGUAAAUCACAGUAAAGGUAGUAUGAAUAACAGGCUGUGGAUGACACACACUGCAUUUACAUGCAGCGUACAAUGUCAGGGUUGUAACAGCAUAUCCCCCACCUUCAGUAAAUGUCAGAGCAGGAUCUGUCUGUCUGCCCCGCUCUGAUCUGCAGCUUGGACAUUGCCUGUCUCCAGAUACCCGUCAGACAGAGGAAGGAUUUACACACAGGUAGAAAAGACACGCUGUGUUUGUGUGCAGCAUUAAGAGUGAUGGCUGCUUCUCCGGGACUGAAUGAAGCCCAAUUUUAUUUGCCCACGUAUGUUUGCGAGACUGAGAUAGUGACAGAAACAGAUUAAUAACAAAAAAACAGGAAGAAAGGAAGAAUUAGUGUUGCCCGUCCAGCUGUGACAGAUAGACAGCUGCACAUCCACCCUGCAGCUCUGAGAUGGCUUACGUCGCAUCACAUCAGCUGAAACACGCGCACCAAUAUAUGCACGGACACUUCUGAGAUUUUCAAGUCUCACAUGUUACUUUGAGUGUGUUUUUCAUUACAUUCUGGAUAUGCCUUUUUAAAAAAAGUGCUUUAAACCUAUAACCUCCGAUAUGAGGUAGUGCCUCUGUGUCCAGUAAGAGUCUGAAUGGAUGCAGUUUGACUCUACAGUUUGUUGCCUGGAUCUCAUGGAUAAUCUGAUGCCUGUGUCUGUCAAUGUUCAAACGAAACACCCGUGUAUGUCUUGCACACAUUAGGUUGGGUAAAUGAAACAAAAAGAAAAGAAGUACUAUUGUGCAUCAUUUGAAUGUGGAAUAUUGUUUUUCUUAAAUCUCUGCAAAUACAACAAUCUACAAACAGUCUUUAUUUUCUGCACAUAAUUACCAAUGGUUUUUUUUGUUUCUAACACAUCCAACACUGGUAUCCAGUCCAAUAAAUGAGACCAAACUUGCUUUGAUAAAGAGCAUUUUACAACUGAAGCCUUUUGGAAAACCAUUUAUCUGCUUAAAGACUGCAGACUGAUUCUAGAGCAGCAACAAUGUAACUUUUUAUUUAUGUAUUUUCUGUUAGGGGUGUAACGAUUCUCCAGAUCCACGGUACAGUUCAUGUUUCUUUUGAAUUAACGAGAAAAAGCAGAAAACAGGUUUUUGACACAAUUACCUACCUCCACAGGACAUCACUGGACGGGAGGAUUAGGGCCACUGAGGAAAAUAUUUUUGGGUCGUCACUUUUUCAACUUCAGUGGCCCUAAUCCUCUCCUGUAGGUAACAGCUGCUUUUAACCAGGUAUUAUCAGCUCCACAUGACCAGCUAUCAUAAGCAAUACAAAGUCAUGUCUAAUUAGCACAUCAUUACAGGAUGCAAAAUCUAUCUGUCAGCUGCUAAUAUUCAUCCCAUAUUUGCAAACGCAUGCUGUUUAUACUAACACAAAAAUGCUCCAGUAAACAGACGCUCAUUUAAACUGGAUUUUACAAGCUUGGCUAAUGUACCAGACGUGACCCUGCAGUUAGCAGCAAUGAUGAGGAGAUCCCUGUGUCUGUCUGCCACGGCUGUCACGUAUGGUCUGUCUGUAUUUACAGUCUUGCACUGAGUUGAUGCACUUAACUUUCACAUCAUCUCCAUAUCGUAUCAAUAACAAGACGAGAGCGCAGCGGCGGUGAGGUCUAGCGAACGAGGCCGUGGAUGUAUCGCAAAUUUAGCGUCUGCUUCUGAACUGUUACACCCCUAAUCGGCAUCUGUCACUCACUGCAAUGAUGGUCUGUGUAGUGGAUAGAAAAAGUCGACACACCUGUUAAAAUUUCAGGUUUUAUUGAGACCGAGAUAAAUAAUUUCCAACAUUUUCCAUCUUUAAUGUGACCGACAGUUUAUCCUGUACAGUUCACAUGGAAAACAAACUAAAAUCCUUAAAAGGAGGGAAAUCUCACAUUUAAAGUAAGCUGGUUGCAUUACACAGCAUUUUGGAGGUAGUACUCUGUCAGCAUGGCACAUCGUAAAUUAACAUUAUUGACCCUCUCCAAACCGGUCGGGUUGUGAGGGUGUCGCCUGUGCACAGUCCUCCUCAGGUCACCCCACAGGUUUUCUUUUGGGUUCAACUUUUCUGGUGAGGAUAUUUUUGAUGACUUGGUGAAAUUCAUAUCGAUCUAGAACUUUCUAGCAGACACCUGAAGGUUUUGCACCAACGUUGGUUGGUAUUUGAGACUGUUCUUUAUUCCCUACACCUUGACUACUAUUUAUUUAAGCUCCCCAGUGCCAGCUGAAGAAAAAUGGCUCCAAACCAUGAUGCUGCCAUCACCGUGCUUCACAGUGGGUCUGGUGGUGUUUUGGUGAUGGGCACUUUCUGGACUGCGGCCACAGAGUUCAGACCGUAGAACAUGCUUAUGGAAGAAGUGAAGGAUGCAGAGAUUGUUGUCACAUGUAGUUAACGUCACGGUCAGCCUCUUGGCAACCUCCCUGACCACUUUGGAGGGGUACCCGGUUCUUAACUAUGUCUCUUUUAGUCAGUAACAAAGUGUUAACUAAGCAAGUGUCAGAAAAGUCGUGUUAGACCAGCUGAACUUUAUUUGAUUGUAGUCAGCAUCUCUUUAACCGAUGGCAGGUGUGUACUGCCUACUGUUUGGCAUGAUUUUGAAUGUCACUGGUUAAUUUUCUAUGCAAACCAGUUAUAAAAGGACGUGCAACCACAUUAUUUCAUUAUUUAUUUAUUUAUUUAUUCCCUCCGAAACAUUAACAGUUUGUUUUUAAAUUGAACUAUACAAGUUACAAGUCAUAUUAAAGAAAGCUCUCACUCCCAACCGGUCACGGCAGAUGGCCCCGCCCCUCCCCAGCCUGGUUCUGCCGGAGGUAACUUCCUGUUAAAAGGGAGUUUUUCCUUCCCAUUGUCGCCAGGUGCUUGGUUAUAGGGGGUGUCUGAUUGUUGGGGUUGUCUCUGUAUUAUUGUAGGUCUUUAUUUUUGAAUAUAAAGACCUUGCUGUGACUAUUGUUUGAAUACUAACAACAUUGAAAUGAAUUGAAUGUUUCGUCUUGGUCUUACUUGGCAUUUUAACAGGACUGCUUUUAUAAGUUUGAUUGUGUAUUUAAUCAGCAAGUGCAACAUGAUGCAUUUCUGAUUAGCGGGUUCAUAUUUUUGCAGUAUAGAGAACAUGAGCACUUUUCUUCUUAAUUUACUUACAUUUACUGUGAAUCUUUUCAUAAAUUGAGUAAUGUUCUUUCUGUCCUUCUGUGUUGCUGGUGCACACGAGUCACACAAUAGUUGUUUUUAUACUUGCUGACUAAAAAUUAUAUUGAUUCUGCACACUGAGAUGAAAAAAACUAUUCGGUGUCAUUUAGUGUUUUGAAAGCUUUGAAAGCUCUUUUAAAGCUUCUAGUUUGAAUAAGAUAGGAGCUCAUAAUAAAGCAAAUCUAAAGUACUAACGUGUUUUAUGAAGAAUGUUCACCUGAUGUCAGAAAAAAUCUAUCUAGAUUGUGAAGCUGACGGUGUAUCAGAGUGGACUUCACAGCAUCUCUACCCCCCUACAUCAUUUUGUUCAUGCCCAAAUCCCUGAGCCUUUUUAUCAAAACCCACUUGUUCCUGUUCUUCUCCUUCCCUUCAUUGCAAAUCCUCCCAGUGAAAAACACAGGAGAGAAAAUGAGAGGCAGAAAUGGAGGGGAGCAAAAUCUCUCAGAGGAGAAGGGCCCAUUAAGCGAGCCCCCUUUUUCUCCAAAGAAUGUGCCCAGAGAUGGAGGGAGAUGAAAGAAGUAAAAGGAAAAAAAUGCUCUCUAUACUUUCUAAAGAUAGAUCUUUCUUUUACUCUAAGAGGGAGGCUAACAGGGAGGCAGGUUGUGGUUUGGAUUGAAGGAGAGAGAGAAUAGAUGGAGGAGGGCAGGUUGUUUCAAACACAAAAGCAGAUGAAAGAAGUCUUUUGGCAGAAUAGACAGCGUGAUGAAGCCUCAGUGCACUGCACACACACACACACACACACAGACGAGCAAACGCCAUCUAACCACCGCAGACCUCUAUUAGCCAAGAACCCAGAUUUGCUGCAAGCUCUCAAAACACCGUUAUCAAAAUCAUUGUUUCGUGCAUUUUUUUCCACACUGCAGAUAUUCCCCAUAUUGGCUUAUUUCAUCAUGCUGCAUCUUAUAAAAUGCUGUUUUGUGCCUUAGUCAAAAAGUAUUUUAGUUAUUUUGUGCUUGCAUAUCCAUUUUCAGUGUGCCGAGCCCCUCUCCCUUCCAUAUCAAUCGACUCGCGUAUGAUUUACACAUUAUAUGACUCAUUCUAGCAGCCUUGUGCCAUAACCCAAUCAAUGUGGGGCUGGAUUUAAAUAGAGGAAUGAUAUACGGGUGUAUUUAUGUUGUGCUACCCGUGCACUUUUCCCCUGCACUCUCUCUCACUCUCUAUCGAACUUUUGCAAGUUUCUGGCGUCUUUUCAUGCGGCCCUGAUAAAUCAGCCUCCCUCCCUCCCUCUCCCUUCUCCAUCACAGACUACUUUGAAGCCUUUUAAUAAUUCUAAUUAGAUAAUGGAGCUGAUUGCAUUCAUAAAGCCCUGCGGUAAGCAUUUCUAGCCCUGAGGCCAUCUCUAUUUUUUCUCUCUUUCCUCCUCCUGUGGAAAUAUUAUCGUACAAGCACUCUAACAGGUCCUCGGGCCCCUCUGGAACAGCAAAUGGUGCCAAAGAGCCAUCCCUGUCUCUUCCUGAAUAAAAAAGAUCCUUUUUUAUUUUUCUCUUUACUAAUUGGAGAAGGGAGAUAAAAUGGGGCUACAGGGAGUUUUAAUCUCCUUUCAGAUCCAUGUGAUGAUUCUUCUCAGGAUCCUCGCCCGAGGGCUUUCAGCCAGGAUCAUUAGAAAGCGUUCAGCAGUCAUCCAAAGAGCGUCCAAACCUCUGGUUUUUAUCCUGAUUUUUUCUUCUUAUCUUUCUUUAAGUGAUUUAAUGUUUUGUCAAUGCUUGCAGUGAAAAAGGAGAACUUAGAGCGUGGAGGGUUUGUAGUCAGGCAGCAGAUUUACAGACGUGUCGUCUUUUGCAUUUCAGUAGGAACCUUUAAAACAUAAUUACAGCACGGCUACCGGGUUCAUUAACUUCUGAAUAACUGCACUGUUUUUACAUCUAAUUACACGAGAGUAUUAAUUCAUUAAAGUCUGCUGCCGACGCUCUCUUUAAUCACUUUUUAGUUUUGCAACCUUUCAUGCUUUCAGCUUGAUUGUAAAUUUAGAUACAACCACGCGUUGAGAUUUUAUCUUACUUUAGUGUAUAGCUUUGUUUUUUAUUUCUUAAUGAAUUAAAUGUUUCUUCUGUAAAUCUGUUGGAAGCAGAGAGGCUUGAUCAUUUUGAAACACGGCCUCAGAUGAAGCUGAGUUUAGUUCACUCGCUCCGCCUGAAUAAAAUCAGCCUUGAGGCUGUAAACUUCUUCAUCCCCGGCCUAAGCCACAUUGCUGUUAUAUUGCUUUUGUGCACUUUCUCUGCCUCUGUCAAGAUUUGAUGGUUGUCUUUCAAUGUCAUGCACUUUGAGGACAUUAAAUAUUGAUGUCAGUCAAAUAACUACAUUUAGAAACGCUCCGCUGUUCGCUUAAUUGAAUGCACUCAAUUAGCAUAGGAUUUGUUUGUCGUUUUAAUAUUUGAAAUGAAAUUAAAAUUUGGUUAAUUCCUUUAGUUUGUUCUCUAAUUGGGUUUGAAAAUCAAUUUUUUUUAGAAAACAGUCUUUCAGGUGCAUCAGGUGUCAUUUAAAGGAAUUCAUCUGUAAGCUUUGAAGAAAAUAUGCAAAGUUUGUAAAUGCAGUUUAUUGAAGGUGUAAUCGCAAGAUGCCAAAACUGUCUCACAGACGAACAACUUUAUCUAAUUGAGGAAAUGAAGCUUUUUUCAUAUGUUCUAAAUGAGUUUUUCACCUUUUAUCUUCUGAAUAUCUAUUACAGUUUCACUUCAUAAUGUGUUUUUGAUUCCUCUGCUCCGGCAGUAAAUGAUUAUCAGCUGCUCAGAUAUUGCUCCAUUUAUUUCUGGGGACUGUCAAUUUCCUUGAAUAAAACUGAAGAAGAAUUGAGCCCUCAAAACCUCCAAAGCCUUGCACUCUGGCCUGCCUCGAACAUUUAAAGUGGUAUUUUAGCUUGUUGAAUUUCACGGUCUUGGAAUAAAAAGAAAAUAAAUUGUGGUGAAUGUGAAGGUAAUAAAGGUAAUAUUUUUCUAUGAAACGGUUUUGUGUGUUUUCAUUUUUUUAAAUUUCAGCCUCCACUCGCGUCUUUCCUCUCAGCUUUCUUUUCAUUUCUAAGCAAAUAAAAAAAGAGCACUGAUGCUUAUCACAUAAUGGAAGUUGCUGGCUUUGCGCAGGUAGUCUGGGAGAAGAGUUCAGUAAGACUGGAUGUUGUUUUUCGCUGAUAGACCGAGCGCGGGACAAAACAGUUUGGAAGAGCUUUCUUCCCUGAUCUCUUCAGAAAGUUUAAACUCUUUGAGCUGUUUGAUACCCAUCUACAAAUGCAGCAUAGACACGGAGCGACGUUAUCGUGGCAGGACUCUCGAGUAGCUCCAGACGGUUUAGAUUAA